CCAGACUCUGGAGCAUAAACAAGAGUGAGGACGGGAUGAGGCGGCGGUUGAUCCCGGGACGGCAAGCGGCAGCGACCGAGGCGACGAGCGGGGCCCGGCACCGACCCUGAGCGCACCCCGACCCGCCCUCGUGGGCGCGUGCCCCCGGUCGGGCCGAUACGCCCGCCCGCCACGCGCCCAGCCAUGAACCUGGCGAGCCAGAGCGGGGAAGCUGGCGCUGGCCAGUUGCUUUUCGCCAACUUCAACCAGGACAACACGUCCCUAGCUGUUGGUAGUAAGUCCGGUUAUAAAUUUUUCUCCCUUUCUUCUGUGGAUAAGCUGGAACAGAUCUAUGAAUGCACUGAUACUGAAGAUGUGUGCAUUGUAGAAAGAUUGUUCUCAAGCAGCUUAGUGGCCAUCGUUAGCCUCAAAGCCCCAAGGAAGCUAAAGGUUUGCCACUUUAAGAAGGGAACCGAGAUCUGCAACUACAGCUACUCCAACACGAUACUGGCUGUGAAGCUCAACAGGCAGAGGCUGAUAGUAUGCCUGGAAGAGUCUCUAUAUAUACACAACAUCCGGGACAUGAAGGUACUGCAUACGAUCAGGGAGACCCCUCCAAACCCUGCAGGCUUGUGUGCACUGUCAAUAAACAAUGACAAUUGUUACUUGGCAUACCCAGGGAGUGCAACCAUUGGAGAGGUGCAGGUCUUCGAUACAAUUAAUUUGAGAGCUGCAAACAUGAUCCCGGCUCAUGACAGUCCUUUAGCAGCAUUGGCUUUUGAUGCAAGUGGAACCAAACUUGCCACUGCUUCUGAGAAGGGGACCGUGAUUAGGGUAUUUUCCAUUCCAGAGGGACAAAAACUCUUUGAAUUCCGGAGAGGAGUUAAGAGGUGUGUUAGCAUCUGCUCAUUGGCCUUCAGCAUGGAUGGCAUGUUCCUCUCUGCAUCUAGCAACACUGAGACUGUGCACAUCUUCAAACUCGAGACUGUGAAGGAAAAACCUCCAGAGGAACCCACCACUUGGACUGGGUACUUUGGGAAGGUGCUCAUGGCCUCUACUAGCUACCUGCCUUCUCAAGUGACAGAAAUGUUCAACCAGGGCAGAGCCUUUGCCACAGUCCGCCUACCCUUCUGCGGCCACAAAAACAUCUGUUCACUGGCCACAAUUCAGAAGAUCCCCCGGCUGUUGGUAGGGGCCUCUGACGGGUACCUGUACAUGUACAACCUGGACCCCCAAGAGGGGGGUGAGUGCGCCCUCAUGAAGCAGCACCGGUUGGAUGGCAGUAUGGAGACGGCCAGUGAAAUCUUAGACUCUGCCUCUCAUGACUGCCCCUUAGUAACUCAGACAUACAGUACAGCUGUAGCAAAAGGUACUUAUGUGCCUUCAUCACCGACAAGACUUGGUAAGGAGCAUGACACAAACCUCGAAGCCUACACAGAUGACCUGGGUGCAGUGGGUGGUGCUUGUCUGGAGGAUGAAGCCAGUGCCCUACGCCUGGAUGAGGACAGUGAGCAUCCUCCCAUGAUUCUUCGGACUGACUGAACUUGACCUGUGACCUCUGAUCCUGGAAGCAGAGAACACUGGUUUGACAGAGGACUUUGUGCAUUGCUGCUAUGAACUUUGACCUGAAUUGGGGAGAGGAUGGCAGAGACUGUAAAAAAAAAAAGAUUGUAGUGGUAGUCUAACUCCUCCAUUCUGUUGAAAAAAUACACCGUUUUCACUUCAGUGGCUUU